AUGUCCCUAGGCGUCUCAGUCUACUGCCUGCUUCGGCGAACUCCGCUACCGCCUGGAGUGCGAUUAUCGGCACAUGAUAAUCGCCCGGUCACCGCACGUCGCAAUUGGUACAAAGUGACUAAACCCGGCGGUGGAUUCGAUCCCCAAACAGAUUUGCUACAGUCACAUGACAUUAUGCGAGGGAUAAAGAUGGGCAGUCGUUACCUGUGUUUCGAGUCGGACGAAUUGAAUCGAGCCAUGAAAGAACUAGCACCUGUGGGGCUAUACCUACUGGGAUUCAAACCACUGAAGGAACUAAAACGUCAUUAUCAUAUCCGACCUCCGCAGUUUGUUUACCCUAACGAGUCGGUGGUUCGUGGUAGUCGCACAUGGUUCUCUCUUCUUUUACACGUUUGCCUUCGACGGGAUCUGUUUGCCUUAGCUGUUUAUGUCCCAAGAAAGCGCACGCCUCCUCGUCUUGUGGCUCUCACUCCACAGGCGGAGCGACUGGACGCUGAUGGCACUCAGUUGUAUCCUCCCGGAUUCCUUCUGGUUUUCUUACCCUAUGCAGAUGAUUUCCGUAAUCUGGAUCUACCGUCAGCUAGCUUAGCAUCCGCCGAUCAAGUCGAAGCAGCGAAGUCUUUGAUCAAAAAAUUGACUGUUCCAUUUGACCCGAGACAGAUUCACAACCCCUUACUUCAGCGACACUAUGCUAUGCUCGAGGCACUCGCGCUAAACAAGGAUGAACUGCCCACCGAGGUGAUCGAUGAGACAUUGCCGAAUAUUACCGGAAUCAAUCGGCGCGCUGGAGCGGAACUAGAGAACUUUAAACGUGCUUGUCAUCUAGAGGAUGCGAGUUUCGUCAAGUGGCCACCCCGUGAAUUCGAGCCUGGUGCAUCAGGUCAGUCGACUCCAGAACUCACUACCGAACACAUACGUGGUUUGGUUGAACGCGAUGAGUUGCAUACAUUAACAGUGCCAACUUUACGUCAAGCAUUGAAGAUUUUGAAGAGUACACCUUUGGGUCGAAAGAAGGUGGAUCUUGUCAGCCAAAUAACUAAUCAUUUUCGAUGACCAUUUGAUCGCUUGAACUGUCUAUUUAUUAAACUUUACUUGAUAAUC